UCCUCCGAUGUUUUCGGUUGGUCCGGUUGGAAUUUCUACAAAAUUGUGAAAAGAGGAAGAGUGCCGUUGAACAAUUUUACCGAGGGUACCAAAUGGUAGGAAGAUGGAAAAGGACGAUAGAAAUAAAAUUUCAGACCGGGCAGUAACAAUAAUCCGCAGAACUCUGGGGGUUUGCACUUUGCUCGUUGAACGAUCCACCAAUGGCUGGAUGGGUCGAAGAUAGGUUUCACUCUAGAACGUUCAGGAUUGGCUAGAUUCUCCGCCCAGGGGUUGCAUCGAUCAUCCCCUUACCGCUUCACCAACCUCCGAUAUAUAAAGCAGCCUCCCCAGGGACACUGAGGAUAGUCUGAUUCCUUUGCUGCUCUCGUGUAUCCUUGGUUCCCUUCAUUCAAACGUUGUGAAGUGAUCCUUGGGAGAUUGGAAAUUAAUCUUAUCAUAAUUAAUUGAAAAGAAAAAUUAUCAUUAAGAGUUAUUAAUGAGCUGGUAAGAAGAAAGAAUAUCUAUGGCGAACCAUUCGAGUUACGAGUACGAAGAUAGAGGACAGAGGAUGCGACAUCGUGUUGGUACUACUUCCAGAGCGGCCGAUUCUACUGUGGCCUGCACUAGUAGUCAAUAUUACGUGGGUCCAAGCAGUGAUAUUAGUGAGGAAGAUCUGGCAGAAUUGCCUUCUUGUGUUUAUGCGGGUAGAUCCACUCAACACGUUGCACACACCUCCUCACAUACUCAUUCUCCUCUUCAUUAUCAUAUGCCAGUUUCUACACCUGGUAAUUCGAUUAAUAAUUUGAAUUGUUUUGAAAAUUAUACGAAACAAGAAGAAUCAGAAAAUAAAGUGAAUGAAGUGAAACAGAUUGUCAGUGUGAUUGCGAUUUUUAGCAGCAUCAACUCGGCUUUCGACGAGCUUCGAGUACAUGUACCAACGUUUCCAUACGAAAAGAGACUGUCCAAAAUUGAUACUUUGCGUCUGGCUAUAGCAUACAUUGCACUACUUCGAGAAGUGUUAGCUGCUAGGCUUGAUCCAUUAACUUAUGUUGAAAGGUGCCUUAGAGGAGAAAUAAAUGGGGAACGUGCCGAAUGGAAUACCAGCGAUUUGACAGCACGUUUAUCAUGGAUAAAUUGGGAAAAUCUAGUAUUACUGAACACAAGAUCUGAUUACCAGAUGACACUAUUGUUCCCAUUAUUGGAAACAAAAGCAUGUGACACGUGUCUUGAACAAGUUUAUUGUUUUUUUUUAAGAAACGAAAUAGAAGAUUCAAAGAAAAUGGGAUCAAAACAAAAAAAUUUUAAUGACAAGGAUGACGAUGACGUGAGCGUGAUAGCUGUGAUAGGAAAAGAAAACGAUCGAACUUCACGACAGCAGCAAGAUGAAGAACUGGAUGAGAAACAAGAGGAUGAACGAGUGUUCGAGUUGAGUGACGAACGAUCCAAAAUGGCACUUCGGAAGCAACUCGAUCUGGGAUCGUUAUCGACCGAGCUAGGUAAUGUAGCACAGAAUUACUAUGAGGGCAUAGAAAUUUUGCAAAAGCUGCCUCCAGGAACAAUAGUUAUUAAACAAGAAAAGAGAUAUAAGGAUGAUAGUGAUUACGUGCGGGAUUCAACGGAAAUCAGUAGUGGCGGAUCGACUUCAAGUAAUGGAGUAACGAAAGUUAAGAGGAUUUAUCGAUCUACGAGGAAAAAUCGUGGAACCACGGAAGUCAGAAGAAAUCCUAUACGUGUUACAAAAAAAGAACCAGAUAAAAAUUUUUCUCGGCCAAGACAACGAUUACUUUCUGCAAAACGGAAGGAAAUGCUCUUUAAUUCUGAGCCUACUAAACGUGGAAAAUCUUCUACGAUGCCCUAUAUGAACACAAGAUCUGUUACUCGUAAAAUGUAUAACGUAGGAGCAACUUAUCAAGCACCCACUUUAAAAGAUGAAACAGAAUGGAAAGAAUGGCCAGUUCAUGGUAUGCAUGAACGACCAGUAUUUCAUCCACAGAUUGGUCUAGCUGCAGAAUAUUUAGGACGUUAUUUUACGAGUUUAGAUGGUCUCUCUUAUCGAGAAAUAAUCGAUCGACCGGAAAUAGAAGUGGUAUCCGUAGAUCCUCAUUGUGAUUAUCUUUCUUCAUCUACGGAAAAAAAAAGAGACAAAAAAACAAAAUCUAAUAAAAGUUGUCCCAAUUCUAAGAAUACAAAAAAACCUUCUAUGGAAUCGUCCGAAAAGAAUAAAUCUUUUGAAAGUUGCAUGCAUGAAAGUUUUCACUGCGUUCUAGGUUAUUGUUCGCAAGUAAUGACACCAACUUAUAAAAUGAAUGUAGAAGGAAAGAUAAACAUGUUAAACGAUAAUAAAAAUUUAUCUAAUAUUUCUAAAGAAAUCGAUAAAGAAUCGUCUAAGUCGAAUAUCGUUGAUCGGAAUUCUAAACGCGAAUCCUCUGUUAGUUUUAAGGAAAAUUUACAAAAAUCAAUUGAAGAAAACAAAUUCCUUGAUAAUUGCGGAAUUACUAUGUUCCCACAAAAUGUUAAGAGCUUCACUCAGGUUCCAAAAACACGUUUGUUUCCAACUCAGAAGGUUUAUAUAGCUAAUUCCUCGAAAUCCAUUGCUUUUACCAAUCUAAAAACGCUUCAAGGAGGACAUAUGAAGAUCCAGGAAGUAAUACGAUCUUCUAAAAGUCCUUUUAUUCUAGUAAAUCCUCCUGAUUCAAAAGAAACACCACUUUUAAAACCAUUUACAAAUAAUAUAAAUGUGAAUAAAGCAGAAGAAUUUCCUGCCAGUGAAGAAACUUUAGGUGAAGUAACAUCUAUAUAUAAGAAUGUAUCUAAUGAAGAGUUGAAUGCAAAACAAACGCCUGUAAAACGAGGGAAUAAAGUAGAAUUUACAGUAACAAAAUAUCUUUUGAAUAAUAUGCAACAGAAUAAAGUUCAAGUGGGAAAAGAAUCAUCUUCGAUCGAAAAAAAAUUAUGUUACGAGACAACAUGCAGAGAAGUGAACGUUAAAACUAUGUCUGGUGGUAUAAGUAAAACUUGGUGUGCUGGUGAGACUUCAGAAAUAGCGAAAAUUCUUUCAGAAUAUAAUAAAAGUAAUUUAAAAAAGCCAGCCAUAGAAAAUCAAACUUUCUGUAAUAACAUGAAGAAUAUUAAGAUUAAAGAACUCAGUAAUAAAGAAGGAAAUGUGAAACAAGAUGUCCAAGAAAGUGUUAUGGAUAAAAAUGUGAAUAUAACCUUUCCUCAGGGAAAAUGGCGGCGAUUUCAUUUAACUGUGGAGAAAUUGAAAGAUUUAAAAAGUAAUUCUAAUGAGAAAAAACAUUCUUUGGGAGUUUUAAACGGACAAUCAUUAUUUAAAAUGGACCAAACAACCGGAGAAAUUUCGUCUGAUAGAAAAAUUGAAAUUCCAAAGCAAUUAGAUAUGGUCCAGAUAAGUCAACCAUCUAUAAUGAAUUCCGAAAAAAAAGAAAAUAUUUCGACAGUUAAUACUAGCGUAGAUACAACAACAAUGAAAACACAAUCUUUACAAGAAUUAUUAGAAGAUACGGCUAUGUUAUAUUGCGCCGCCACUGGAACUCAUCAAGAUGAUUUGGCUAAUUAUAUUGAUAACUUAGAUGCUGCACAGAGUAUACAAUGGUUGGAAACUUGUAAUGAUUUAAUUGCAUGAAUUAUUAUGUCAUAUAGAACAAUUAGUUACAAGAUUAAUUUUUUUUAAUUUUAUGAUAAUGAAUCUUGCAAUUAUCUUUCGAGAAAUUAAUUAAUUUUAUUUUUUUUUUAAUUGUUAAAAAAAUAUUUUAAUUAGGAUAUGAUGAGAAUGAAUUUGAGAGGAAAAUAUGCUUUCAUUCUUUUAUUAAUCAAGCAAAACUUAAGAUAGUAGAAAUAUUUCUCAAUCAUUCUCAUUUACAUGUUUAGAUAUUACAUUAUAUAUAAAGUAACUUUAAUUAAUGGUUAAUCAUAUAAAAUGGAAUUAUAUUAAAAUAAUCUUAAUUUCUAACUCAUAAAUUACAAUUUUAAGUUAAACUACUCUAGUGCUGAGUUUUCAAAUAAUAUAAUUUUUUAUUGUUCUUAAUUCUUUGCACUUCAAUUUUGACUUUAAAAUACAUUUAGCAUUUUAUAUUGGCAUCUAUUUUAAUUAAAUUCAAUUAAUAAUUAAUUAUAUUUAUAAAAAGAAUUCAAAUUUUUUAAUUUUUGUUGUAUAAAAUAAUUAAAGUGCAAAGAAAUUAAUUAGUAUAGAUUAUUUUCUUUAGUCUUGUUAUUAAUAUAACGCCAUUGUUGAUCCCAGCAUGUAUAAAAAGCAUGCAAAUAAUGAGGAUCGCAAAAUAGACAAACAAGAGAGUGAUUAUACCGAGGUAUCGUUGUCAGUCUCUGUUUUGUCUUCGUUUUCUAUGAAUAUACCUACAAAAAACAAUAAGUUUCUAUAAUCAUCUUA